CGGUUACCGUUAGUUCGUUAACGCAACUUGGGGGGGAAACAGCGAGCGAAGCUACCGUCAUCCAGGUUGUAAAGUGCAACAAAAUGAAAGCUGUCAGUUAACUUUUCCCAUUUGCUCGCAGACACGGAGAUACUUUGUUGGAUAAACCGCUAUCUUGUCGUUGUUCUGCCUGGAAACAGCCGGUUGAACUGACAGCCGUUGGGCCUGGUCGUCGUGGCCCAGCAGGACUCGAGUUGGAGCCAAACUUCUGCUUUUCCUCCAGCGGCUCUCCGCGGGGCUCGGGGCUCCUGUCACCGGCCCUGUGGAUGUGGACGUGAACACGAAGAUAACCGACCGCCAGGAGAAAGGAAUCCCUUUGAUGGGAGAAUCCUCUUUCCUGGCCUCCUGGGUCAAUCGCCGUGCCAUGAUGAUGGAUGAGCAGGAGGCGCUGAACUCGAUCAUGCAGGACUUGGCCGAACUGCACCGCUCCAGCCGUCCUGCCAUGUUCCUGUCGGACCUGGGCAAACCCAAAGCUUCCUCGCCCAAAAACCAGAAUGAUGUCAGAGUGAAGUUCGAGUUCAAAGGGGAGAAGAGGAUCUUACAGUUCCCUCGACCUGUGCAGCUGGACGACCUGAGGGCGAAAGCUAAAGUGGCUUUCGGUCAGACGAUGGACCUUCACUACACCAACAACGAAUUGGUGAUUCCACUGACCACUCAGGAAGACCUGGAUAAGGCCGUGGAGCUGCUGGAUCGCAGCGUUCACAUGAAGAGCCUGAAGAUCCUCCUGGUAGUCCAGUUCUCCUCUCAGAACUCUUCCUCCAAUAUGGACCGCAUGCCGUCCCAUGAGAAGCUGGACAACACGGGAUUCAGGGUCGCUGAAAAGAACAUGCUAGCUUUAAUAGGCCCCCAUUCGACGGACCGCAGCUCCCCUCCUCCAGGGUACAUUCCCGACGCGCUCCAGCAGGUGGCGAGGAACGGCUCCUUCACCAGCAUCAACAGCGAGGGAGAGUUCAUCCCUGAGAGCAUGGACCAGAUGCUCGAUCCUCUGUCUAUGAGCAGUCCAGAAAACUCUGCGUCGGGAAGUUGUCCGUCUUUAGACAGCCCGCUGGACAGUGAUUACCCGAAGUCCAGGAUGCCCCGAGCACAGAGCUAUCCAGACAACCACCAGGACUUCCCAGAGUACGACAUCCCAGUGUUUGAGAAGUCGGGGAAAGGAGGAACGUACCCCCGACGAUACGGCAUUCCCUUCAGCCUUCAGGACUACAGUGAUGGGAGGAAGACGUUCCCUCGGGCUCGGCGGACGCAGGUUCACGGUUUCCGCUCUCCGGUGAGCUUCAGCCCGACGGAUCAGUCUCCGAGCACCAGCAGCGGCAGCAGCAGCGUGUUCACUCCGGACCUGGAGGAGGCCCCGGGGCCCGGCAGGAGGCCGAGGAGAGGCAGCGACAUCGAGCCCAACCUCAACCCCUCAGCUCCCAGCCUCUCCGUGAUGGACAUCAGCCCCCCCAGCCGCUCUCCACGCGCCCCAACAAACUGGCGUCUCGGGAAGCUUCUGGGUCAGGGGGCGUUCGGGCGGGUUUUCCUCUGCUAUGAUGCUGACACUGGACGAGAGCUGGCGGUCAAACAGGUCCAGUUUGACCCGGAGAGUCCGGAGACCAGCAAGGAGGUGAGCGCGCUGGAGUGUGAAAUCCAGCUCCUGAAGAAUUUGUGCCACGAGCGGAUCGUCCAGUAUUACGGCUGCCUGCGAGACACCAUGGAGAGAACGCUGUCCAUCUUCAUGGAGUACAUGCCGGGCGGCUCCAUCAAGGACCAGCUGAAGUCGUACGGAGCGCUGACGGAAAACGUGACGCGGCGCUACACGCGUCAGAUCCUGGAGGGCGUGUCCUACCUGCACAGCAACAUGAUCGUGCACAGAGACGUCAAAGGGGCCAACAUCCUGCGAGACUCGGUGGGUAACGUGAAGCUUGGUGACUUCGGGGCCAGUCGGCGUCUGCAGACCAUCUGUCUGUCGGGAACAGGCAUCAUGUCGGUGACGGGCACCCCGUACUGGAUGAGUCCGGAGGUGAUCAGCGGAGAGGGCUACGGCAGGAAGGCAGACAUCUGGAGUGUCGGCUGCACGGUGGUGGAGAUGCUGACGCAGCGACCCCCGUGGGCGGAGUUUGAGGCCAUGGCGGCCAUCUUUAAAAUCGCCACGCAGCCCACCAACCCAAUCCUCCCCCCCCACGUGUCGGACCACUGCAGAGAGUUCCUCAAACGCAUCUUCGUAGAGUCUAAGCAGCGGCCGUCAGCUGACGAGCUCCUGAGGCACAUCUUUGUACAUUAACUGCCAGAAACGGCCUUACGUGAUUGGGCGUCCCUGCCUCUGACCCCGCCCCCUCCACCACGCUGAAACCUUAUUGGACCAGGAGUCUGGAAGAAGGUGUUUGUGGAGUUUGAUGGGGGGGGGAGGUACCUGCUCCUCGUGUCUCUGUUUUUAUGAGGCUGCCAUAGAGGACGUUUAUAUUUUAGUUUUCUCCGCAAGUUGCACCUUAAUUUCUCCGAGGAGCGGAGCACUUCCUCGUGACGCGACGACUAUUUGGAAAACUUUUUUAUGUUUGUACGGUUUCUCUCUUCGAUGGUGUCGGUGUUGUGGACCUACAGGAAGUGAUUUCUGGCUCUUGAGUGCCCCCCCCCUCCCCUUCAUCUGGCUGAAUGUAGUCUCUAAACGAUGCAGAGGUUUCCCCCCCACCUUUCUGUCUCUCAGCUUCACUGUCUUCGUUCUGCUAUCCCUCCUCUUCCUCCUUCUUCAUCUUCGCCGUGUGCCUUUUCUGUUUUAACGCUGUGUAUAGGAGUGACUGUUGCUUUGCCUUCACACCGUUAGCCAGCUGAUCCCAGUUCAGCGUAACGUCCGUUUCUGCCUUUUUUCUGUAACUGGUAACCAAAUAUUCAGACUUUCUGUUUUAAUAUGGAACUGUCGCUGUGAUCUACCAGCUGAUUGGUUCUCUCUUCCAAUGAACUCUCCUCUCCUCUGCUUCUCAAAGUAUUCACUGAUCACAUUUAGGGAGCUCUCAUCACGGCAGAUCAGGGGUAACGUUGGAGCUUCUCUGAUACUCGUGCAGUCGUUUUAGCGCCAUGAAUUAAUAUUUAGUUUGGUCGAUAACUGAACUAAAGAACUAACUUUUAAAUCCUGUCUUGUCUUUGACUUUGGUCGGUGUUAAAAUACUUCAAUAUAGAGAAGUAAAUCCAUGCAAGAACAUCGACUAUAUCCAGCACUUCCUCACCUAGCUAAACCACGAGCAGAUUGCACAAGAUUUAUGACAAUAUCACACUUCCUUUCACUCAUUUAUUAAGAUAAAUUAACUAUCUUAUGGAUUUUCACCAUUCGAAGCCCUGAAAUCAACUAAAUGUAAUAUUAAAAUCAGGUAAAAUCUUGCUAAGAAAAGAGGGUUUGUCGUUACGUAGACUCUCUGUAACUCUGCCGUGAUGAAGCUCUUGAUUUUGUGAAGCAGGAGAGACGGAGGCGUGUUUUAAUAGAAGCUCACAGCUGAUUGGCCGCAGGUCUGGCUGCAUGACGCUGUCGUUGGUUUUAUUUCCAACAUCUCAAACGCUGCUUUUUUAGUUUUAGGUCCAUGAACAAGUGUCUCCUCCUCACAUGCACUCCUACAGACUUUCAAAUCUGAUGUUCAUUCAUCACUUCAAACACUCCGUUCAACUCGUUCUGUUACACAUUUCUAUUAUAACGUCUGUCUGUCUGUUAAAUAAUAUAAGUGCAUAGCUCUGGCUUCAUAACUAUGCACCGGAUUAUAAACGCCAACAUGUAAAGGUCCGUUCGGUUAAAUCCAGAGUGGUUGUGCAGAGUUUUCGGCUCGUUGAAAGGUGCAAUCAGUAUUUAAUUACAGCCACAAUAAGACAAUACAGAAAGACGGUUAUAUUUUUGUUAUGGUAUGUACGGUUGUGGAGGUAAAUAGCUGUGUAACGGUACGUAAUGCUUCUGUGUUCGGUCUGUCUUUGGUACUCAGUCACAGAUCGUUGUAGUUUGGUACUAUACGACAUUUCUAAUUUGGUCAAAUGUGGAAUUAUGUUUGUCGUUGUAGUUUCCUGCAGCGGCCACUAGAAGUCAGUAAAGAGCUGAUUGCACCUUUUUAAAAGCAGACGGUUUAUUCAUGUUUACGACCCACAGUGAGUCUUUAGUUCCUCGAAAGGCUCUUCUGUAGUAAAUGUUCAGUUUGUGAUCAGCUGAUCAAAAAAAAAACGGUACAUGUCCAAAACGAAGUCGAAACGACUCUUGAUUUGCUAAAACAUCCGCGUCUGUCGUUCAGCCGCCAGCACUGAUACGCACUUCCACGAUGCACUAUCUUUAAAUCACUGAUGCUUUUCACGAUUCCUCGCCGGCUGUCGCUCGUGCAUCUCCGCUCAGCGACCUUUUCUUUGCACAUUUUAAAGAAUAUUUUUUAUUUUUACACAAGUGUGAUUGAGAGUGAAUGUGUGUGUGUGUGUGUGUGUGUGUGUGUGUUUGCAAAGACUCAAAACAUGAAUGUAAUGUGUUUUUUUUUUUUUUUUAACCGUCAGAUGGCCUCGUUCACCACUGUGGAUUAACUCCUCGGUACCAGUAUUUGUCACCUGCAAAGAUACACCUGUAGUUCUCUUUAGAGUCUAAAGCCACUGCUACCACUCCUGUGUGUGUGUGUGAGACUGUGUGUGAGACUGUGUGUGAGACUGUGUGUGUGACUGUGUGUGUGUGUGACUGUGUGU